UGGAGCAGCGUACACCGAAGCUGCAUCAUUAUGUAACCUCACGGUGAACAAGGUACGAUUAUUUUAGUGAUUUGUAACGGGAGAAGCCGCAAAACAGCCAAUUCUCAAGCUUUUCGCUGGAGAAGUGGAGUCGUGUGAGGAAGUGGAGACAGAUAACCAUGUCCAGUCCAGUCAGACCCGCGCAAACGCCGGGAUCCGUCUUGUGGAGAUGCGGAGAAUAAUUUGCCACAGAUUCCUCUGCAUAGUGGAGGCACUAUCACAGACCACGUGAGAGGAAUAUUCAAUGACGGUCCCCGACAGACCGGUUCAUCUCUGUUGGCACUCCUCUGCUGGGUGACAUGGACUCCUGGACGCUAUACACUCUUAGCUUUACAGAAACGAGCGAAGAGGGAGGGCGACACUCUGAAUGUAACCUCUGAUCGCUUUUCUCUUCUUUUUCAGGUCUUUUUGUUUCUUUUUCUCCCCCUUUCUUCUUCUGUUCUCCUCUCCGGCAGUUAGAGGGAGUAUGGCUUGGCCGUGCAUCAGCAGAGUCUGCUGCCUGGCUCGUUUCUGGAAUCAGUUUGACAAAUCGGACCUCUCCGUCCCGCUCACCAUCCAGAACUACUCGGACAUCGCCGAGCAGGAGGUGCGGUCCGUCACCAAGCAGGUAUCCGCUUCGGAGCGCGCACCCGGCAAUAACUACACACCAACUCCGGACACGCGUGCCAAAGGCUCCCCUCAUGCGCCCGCGGAUGGCACUGGGACCCGAGGAUCUUUCAGGUCACGGAAGGAGCCCAGCUACAAGCCCCGGGAAGACUAUCACCCCCCGGGAGUACCUUUCCCCAGUGUUACGCAGUACAAGCAGGAUUUCAAACCAUGGCCCAUCCCCAGGAAGGAGAAUUUCCCGUGGAUUAAUAACGAGGGGAGCAGGGCAGACUGUGUGUCGGACAGCCCGGUGAAUACUUAUCACGUCCAGGGUCAGCCUGGGGAGAGCCGGGGGGGGAGAGAGGAGAGGGGCAAGGGGCAGAGAUGGGGGGAGCAGCAGGUGAUGGAGGAGAGCAAAACCAGCUCCUACAGGCAAGAGUACAGGCCUUGGGCGGGGGUGCGACCGGCCAAAAGUGCGAGGAAACCCCCCCCAGCUCAGUACUCCAGCCCUGGGACAGAAGCCACUCACGUCCCACGUGAAACCAGCUACCAGGCUGCCUACAGGGGGGAGGUUGGCAGGUCCAUGGGUCUGCAUCAAGGAGAACACGUGAUCCCAUCCGCUGCCUCCAACAUCCAACCUGCCGCUGUCCCCCAGCCUGCCCCCACUGCCCUUCAAGCCUACAGAUUGCAGAGUCCAUCCAGCCUCCAGCAGAGCAUCCUGCCUGAGAGGACUGAGCUCAGUGGAACAAUCAAAGGAGAGGAACAUCUGGUGAGGACCAAACUCCCUCCAAACCCUUCUGCUGUUUUUCAAAGCGGAUCUUCGAGGGUCUUCAACAUCUGACGCCUGCUGCCAUUCUGCUUUGAGGAGUCGACACGGGAAAUGUCCUCACUUCAUUCCACAACACAAGAAUCUAUGCAAGGGAAUGUAUUGUUGGGAAGGCUGUGGAGCCACGGACUCAGCAACCCAAAUGGAGAUAGUUAGACAGCUCUUUCCUCCCCCCAUCCCCCACACUCCUUCCUGCCCCUGUUGCAAUGGAAAUGAACACGCAUGUAAUGAAGUUGAUUUUUUUUUUUUGGAUGUUUUUGCAUAAACGCACAAGAAACUGGCUGCUCUGUGUGUUGGUGUGUGAAUUUGUGUGUGUGUGUGCCUGCUGAUUGGUCCUUUCACUGAACAUAAAAAAAAACAAACAAACAGUGUGCACCAGUGAUGAAGUGACCUUUACCCGCGUAGACUACUGUGUUGCCCUUUGGUGUUGCUAGAAAUCUGCUUGAAAAUAAUUUAUUUCCUCAGCAUCUAUUUGGUUUGUCAGUUUGGAAAAAGUAUUAGUUGGUCUCAAUUUUUUUGUAAAUCUGUUGUUAAAGAAAAAGAGCAAAUGAGUAAUGUAAGAUAAAUGACAAUAAAAGAUCAUUAGCUAGGUUGUUACUUUCA